AUGGACCAACUCCCGGGAAUACCCGUUAAGCUCUUGGAUCCGAUGCUGAGCGUAUCUUUCGAGACGGACGAAGCGGUCAUAAAUGUCAACCCUUCGCCACCAACCCCAAAGAAGUCCUCAUACACGCCUCAGUUCACGUCUGAAGGCUCAGCCAUCUUGAGACGUCUCAAUGGAAAUUCACAGCCAAUAAACGGACAGAAUACUGGCGAUGCAGUGGUUACAAACCUCAAAGACGCAUUGUCAAUUCCUACACCAACCAGACAGGGCCAAUCGAUAACAGUGGACUCACUCAACGCUGGAGUAAAACGAAAGCGAGAUGAAUCAUCUAUCACGGUCGAUUUUACUCAAAACACCAUUCCAUUUUCCUGGAAGGGUCCUUCUCCUACUCGCCAAGUCGUCCUUCAGAGUCAACCCACAGUACAGGAGGCUCGAUGUUCAAAGUGUGACGGAGCAGCCCAUACAGCUAGUCUGAGGGGCAAGGUCACUCAGCAGCGGCAACAGGAGAUUGACCGUCUUCGUCAAAGACAACUAUCUAACCUCCCCCGAGGUGUUUUUCCCGCAAAGCCUCAUCUUGUGGGUUUCGGUGCUGGCCAGGCACCUCAUGCUUCACGAGCUAAAUAUUUCGAAACAUUGUCAAAGAUGGACAUGCUUAACGUUUUGUCGUUCUGCGAUCAAAUGAAACCAAAUCUUCUGCUCGAUAUCCUUGUUUCGGUGUCAAAGCGACAUCCUGACCUACCAAUUUUCGACUCGCCUGAUUGGGAGAGUCAGUUAUUGAAUGGUCCUCGACCUGCUAAGGCGUCGAAACACGACGAGAAGCCGCGACACGGCCAUGUGCUCACUAAUAAAGCGAACAGGCCUAAGCAAAAGACCACUAAGAAGAUUCUUAAGCGCACUCGUGUCAUUGAGGUCAUUACAAGUGCGCCGGAGGAAGAUAACGUCAACGUCCUGCCUGCAACUUGGGCAAAGGCUGGCGAGGGAUUGUACUCCAAACUACCUCCCGAGACAGAAGACAGAUCGCUUCUUAAGGAUGAGAACGACGAGGAAUCGUUCAGUCAUUUCUUUGUAGACAGGGCUGGGCGUCAGAUUAUGGAUCCGGUGGGCGCUUGA